GCAAGCAUUCUAAGCUCAACAAUGGAUGCCAAUGUCUCUCUUCUUUCAUGGCUUCUCUUGCUUAGCCUUUCAUGCGAACUACUCGUUCCCAGCACCACAGCUGCUCAUGCCAAUCCAAAGUCUUAUAUUGUCUAUAUGGGAGAACGACCUAAAGGCCAAUUUUCCAUGUCAUCGCAUCACUUGAGCAUGCUUCAGCAAGCCAUCGGCAGCAAUUUUUCGCCAGAAUCUCGACUAAUCCGUAGCUUCAAAAGGACUUUCAAUGCCUUUGUUGCGGAUUUAACUUGGGACGAAGCACAAAAAAUAGCAGGAAUGGCUAAUGUAGUAUCGGUGUUCCCUAAUAAAAAGAGAACACUUGAUACAACAAGGUCUUGGGAUUUCAUAGGCUUUUCUCAGCAAGUUAAAAGAUCAACUCUCGAAAGUGAUAUUGUAAUCGGCGUGCUUGACACUGGAAUUUGGCCGGAGUCUGAAGCUUUCAACGACCAAGGUUUUGUUUCACCACCAAGCAAAUGGAAGGGCAGUUGCCCACCAGAUUUCAGAUGCAACAAUAAACUCAUCGGAGCUAAAUACUAUCGUAACAAUGAAACAUAUGACCCAAGGGAUGAUCGAUCUCCGAGAGACACAGCUGGCCAUGGGACACAUACAGCGUCAACAGCAGCUGGGAGCUUGGUUAGCAUGGCAAGCUUAUAUGGACUCGGCGAGGGAACUGCACGAGGAGCAGUGCCAUUAGCUCGAGUUGCUGUGUACAAAAUAUGUUGGUCUGAUGGUUGUUAUGAUGCUGAUAUUCUUGAAGCAUUUGGUGACGCUAUUGAAGAUGGAGUUGACAUAAUUUCUCUCUCAGUUGGAGGAGAUGAUAUUGAAGAUUAUUUUGAGGAUACAGCAGCUAUUGGAGCUUUUCAUGCAAUGAAAAAGGGGAUAUUUACGUCAACUUCAGCAGGUAAUAGUGGUCCUGGUGCUGGAUCCAUCAGAAAACUUUCGCCAUGGUUUCUUUCAGUAGCUGCUAGUACCAUUGAUCGGAGGUUCAUUGCUAAUGUGCAGCUGGGAAAUAACGAGACUUACGAGGGUAUUUCAAUAAAUACUUUUGACCUCAACCAAACCAUGUAUCCUCUGAUUUAUGGGGGAGAUGCACCAAACCUGGCUCAAAAUUAUACGGCUGAGAAAUCCAGGUUUUGCAAAGAAAAUUCACUGGACGAGAAUUUAGUGAAGGGUAAAAUUGUUCUCUGCGAUGCCCGGAGCACUGGAAAAACAGCAUUUUUUGCUAGAGCAGCUGGUGUGGUGAUGAAAGGUCGACGACCCAGAAAUCGUGCUUUCUCUUAUCCAUUGCCUGCAUCUCACCUUGAAGAUGAGGAUAACAAUAUAUUUUCCUACAUAAGAUCAACGAGUAAUGCAACUGCAACUAUAUAUAAGAGUACUGAGGGAAAUAACACGUUAGCACCUUUUGUUCCCGACUUUUCAUCAAGGGGUCCCAAUCCAAUCACGCCUGACAUUCUCAAGCCAGAUAUAGCUGCUCCAGGAGUUGAGAUUCUAGCUGCAUGGUCUCAUGUUUCUUCGGUGACUGGAAUCCCAGGUGAUGUUAGAUUAGUACCCUACAAUAUCAUCUCAGGGACAUCAAUGGCUUGCCCUCAUGCAACUGGGGUAGCUGCCUAUGUUAAAUCACAUCACCCCACUUGGUCUCCUUCUGCUAUUAAGUCUGCUCUCAUGACUACUGCUUCACCGAUGAGUUCUUGGACUAACUCUGAUGCAGAAUUUGCUUACGGCGCAGGCCAUAUUAAUCCUGUCGAGGCCAAUGAUCCUGGUCUAGUAUACGAUGCUGAGCCAAUUGACUACGUAAAAUUUCUGUGUGGACAAGGAUAUGAUUCGAAUCGUCUACAGAUUGUUACAGGGGACAAUAGCAGUUCUUGUUCUGAGACUGUUAAUGCAACAGUGUGGGAUCUCAACUAUCCUUCCUUUGCACUUUCUGUUUCGAAUUCAGAAUUUGUUAGUCGAGUUUUCAACAGGGUUGUCACGAACGUUGGAUUGCCGACGUCUACGUAUAAAGCUACGGUGACUGCUCCUCCAGGGCUGAAAAUCCAAGUAAACCCUAGCAUGCUGGCGUUUACUUCUGUUGGUGAGAAGCUAUCUUUUGCGGUUACCAUUGAAGGAUCAAUGAAUAGUCGUAUAGCUUCAGCUUCUUUGGUGUGGGACGAUGGAGUGUACCAAGUGAGGAGCCCAAUCAUUGUGCAUAUUUUAUCAUGAAGUUUUAAGAUUCUUGUAUGAGUGGAAAUGAAAACUCUACCUUGUAGGCAAAAAUUUUAGUAUCUUUUUUUUCCUAUUUUUGAUUUUCAAGCAAGUCCUUUGUACUUUUUCGCUUAGUUGAAAUGAUAAAUCUUUAUAAAGUAAUUUCAGCCAACAUGGUCUCCAUUGAGUU